GCCUCGCUCCUUCCCUCUCCCCUGUCUCCCUUCCGCGAUUACGGGGGGGGCUUAUGCUUAUUGCUUAUUGCUUAUGCUUUUGCUUCUUGUUUUCUUUGUUAUGAGAUCUCCGAAUUGAUGAAUUUGGAAGCAGUAUUUGGGUGGAGGAGAUUCCUUCCUUUUGCUUAAUUUCUAGGGUUUUCUUCUGUGCCCGCCGAGAUCUGCCCUUGUUUCCACACUACUAUUCUAAUUCAACAUGUUUUGGCGUAUGGCUGGCUUGUCCACAACCUCCCCUGUGGAGGCAAUUUUGGAUAAGGAAAAUUUUACCCUGGAGGAGCUUCUUGAUGAGGAUGAAAUUAUUCAAGAAUGCAAAGCCCUAAAUACCCGUCUUAUUAACUUCUUACGAGAGAAGGCUCAGGUUGAACAAUUAGUUCGAUAUAUUGUGGAAGAACCUCCAGAAGAUGCUGAAAAGAGUCAGACUUUUAAGUUUCCAUUUAUUGCUUGUGAGAUUUUUACAUGUGAAGUUGAUAUCAUACUCAAAACAUUAGUUGAGGAUGAGGAAUUGAUGAAUUUGUUAUUUUCCUUUUUGGAUUCAAAACAUUCCCAUAGCACAUUGCUGGCUGGCUACUUCAGCAAGGUUGUCAUUUGUCUGCUGUUGCGGAAGACAGUACCAUUUAUGCAAUAUGUUAAGAGUCAUCAAGAAAUUGUGAAGCAGCUUGUUGACCUGAUUGGUAUAACAUCCAUCAUGGAGGUUCUAAUACGUCUAAUUGGAGCUGAUGAACAUAUGUUUUCAAGCCAUAAGGACUCAAUGCAGUGGAUGGAGGACACGGAUGUACUGGACAUGAUUGUUGACAAGUUCAGCUCUUCAGAUUCACCUGAGGUGCAUGCUAAUGCAGCUGAAAUGCUUUGCGCCAUAACAUGCUCUGCUCUUCCUGGUCUUGCUGCUAAGAUAUCUAGCCCAAGUUUUGUAGGAAGAUUGUUCCAUCAUGCUUUGGAAGAUUCACGUCCAAAAUCUGUUCUGGUCAAUUCAUUGUCUGUGUGCAUAUCAUUGUUAGAUCCUAAGAGGAUAAUGCUGGGAGCAUAUCACAUGUAUAAUCGCCAACUAACUCAGGGGUCCACAAUAACUGCUAACCCUGAAACAGUUGAAGGAAUGUUGGAGAGCCUAGGUGAAUUGCUGAAGCUUUUGGAAGUUUCAUCUGUGGAGACCACUUUACCAACUACAUAUGGGAAACUGCAACCACCUCUUGGAAAGCACCGUCUGAAGAUUGUAGAGUUUAUUUCUGUCUUACUGACAGUUGGUAGUGAAGCUGCUGAAAAGGAAUUGAUUCAAUUGGGAGCACUGCAGAAGAUUUUGGACUUGUUCUUCUUGUACCCAUACAAUAACUUUUUGCACCACCAUGUAGAGAGUAUAGUAGUGUCAUGUUUAGAGAGCAAAAAAGCGUUUCUAGUUGAGCAUCUUCUUCAUGAGUGCGAUCUUGUGGGGAAAAUACUUGAAGCAGAAAAGAAUUUCAAACUGACAUCUGAUCUAAGCAAGCCAACAGUUGCUGCUGAGGGUAGGUCACCCCCCAAGAUAGGAAAUAUUGGGCACUUAACACACGUAUCAACCAAACUUGUUCAGCUCGGUAAUAACAAUGCUGAAGUUCAGGCAUAUUUGCAGGAAAAUAAUGAAUGGACUGAUUGGCACGCGAAUGUCCUAUCAAAGCGUAAUGUGAUAGAAAAUGUUUAUCAGUGGGCCUGUGGGAGGCCAACUGCUUUGCAAGAUCGGACCAGGGAUAGUGAUGAUGAUGAUUACCACGAUAGAGAUUAUGAUGUUGCAGCAUUAGCAAACAACCUAAACCAGGCAUUUCGAUUUGGUGUUUACAGCAACGAUGAUAUGGAUGAGGUACACGGUUCACUUGAACGAGACGAUGAGGAUGUUUACUUUGAUGAUGAAUCUGCUGAGGUUGUUAUAUCUUCUCUCCGUCUAGGCGACGAACAAGAGAGUGGCUCUCUUUUCACGAAUUCCAACUGGUUUGCAUUUGAGGAUGACAGAGUUGCCAAUGAGUGCUCCGCUGGUGCUCUUGCGUCUCCAUCACCCCAGACUGAGGGAGCUGAUGUUGUAAAUACUGAUGUUGAUUAUGAGGUUAUUGUUGGCAAAGAUGAUGACUUGAAUGAUGCUGGAACAUCUUCUCCAGUGCCAGAGGCUAAAUUGGGAGAUGCCACCCUUGACCCAUCUGAAGAUCCUACAGAAAAUGAACCCAGUGCAAGUGAUAAACCACCUGUGUGGGUUGAAUGGAGAGAAAACCCGGAUUCUAGUGAAGGAUGUGGUAAAGAUGACCCAGUUAGCAUGCCAAAUGGUCAAGUUGAACCCCAGGACAAAGGUGGUCAUCAUGAUGAAGACGAUACUAGACCUUCCCCAUCAUCCUCUGACAAUAGUGAUUUAACUGCUCUAAAAAGUUUACAUGAAGCAGAAGAUGAAAGCCCUGGUACCAGUUCUUCUAGGCUGUCAGACUCAGGUAACGAUGAUGUUAGUUCAGAUCAAAUUGCCAAGAAUCAGGAGACAGCUUUAGUAACAGAGAGUGCCCUAGAUGCUGCCAAAGAUGAUGACAAAGACGUUGCCAAAGAAGCAGGGAACUAGUGCAUGUGUUUACUUGAGCUAACACAUAUUUGGCUGGACUGAUCAGUCUGGAGACAUCAGCUGCUUGGUUUGUCGGGCUUCUGUAUAUGAAUGUUAAUGGGGCAUUGUUGUUAAGCAGGGUUCCAGCUACUGAUUGUCUUCCCCACAUCGAAAGUUUGUCUUCAGCCUUACUUGAGAGCAGGUUCUAAGUAGUGAACUUGUCUAGAAAGUAAAUUCAACAUUUAAUCAACUCUCCAGUGUGUAGGUUCGUUCCUUCGUCCGCAAGGUGAUUCAAGAAUAGAAUUGUCACAUGGUUGGUUAACUUUUAUCACAAUAACACGUUUAUAUGGCACGAAUUCUCUUUUUCCAUGAAAGUAAAGUAUUGAUGUUUUUCUGAGCGGUGCUGCUGGUAUGCUUUUCCUGUCACGUCAUCUGGGUGGUUUUUUAGUUACCUUCAUGCAUAUUCAUU